GCCACACCACACCAGACACCACGUCGUCACACCCAAAUCAGACGAUCGCUUAGCUCGAGUCGUCGUCGGCGUCGCACGCACGGGAGGGAAACACCAGCCAACUGUGGCAGUGCGGUCGUGGUCUAUCGAUCGGCAAGCUCCCUAGUUAGCACCAUGGCGUCUCGGCGUAGUAGCGGUGCGGUGGUGGGGGCGUUGAUGGCGGUGGCGGCUGUGAUGGUCGGGCUCGCCGGCGCGGACUUCGCGGCGGACAAGGCGGAGUGCGUGGACAAGCUGAUGGGGCUGGCGACGUGCCUGACGUACGUGCAGGUGUCGGCGACGGCGCGCGCGCCCACGCCCGACUGCUGCUCCGGGUUCCGGCAGGUGCUGGGCGUCAGCAAGAAGUGCCUGUGCGUGCUCGUCAAGGACCGCGACGAGCCCACCCUCGGGAUCAAGUUCAACGUCACCCGCGCCAUGAACCUCCCCUCCGCCUGCAACAUCCCCGCCACCUUCUCCGACUGCCCCAAGAUCCUCAACAUGUCGCCGGACUCCAAGGAAGCCGAGAUCUUCAAGCAGUACGGGAUCGAGCACGAGGGGAAGAACGCCACCGCCGCCGGCGCCACCGGUACAUCCGGCGGGAAGAGCGCCAACGCGGCGGCCGGCGCAGGGAGGCACGCGGUGGUCUUCCCCGUCGUCGUCACGGCGGUGCUCGCCUCCGUCUUUGUUCUCGCAUGAUGACGGGCUGCAGUGAGGCGGGACGGUCAGCAGGGAGGGAGGGAGAUCAGAAGUCCGGGAUACCCGGAGGUGUCCGUAUGAUUGGGCUGGGCUGCGCAAUUUUCAGCCUCGGCCUUAAGUUUGGUCAAGCAGAGGGCCCAUUUAUUGCUGUGUAGUGAGUGAGUGAAUUCUGAGACAAGGAAAAGUGUACUAUAGUGAGUGACUUGCCAGUCUUUCCGCUUCCUGUUUAUUUCCUUUCUUGUUCUCUUUUAUUUUCCCCAAUGGUGAGUUGACUGUCAGAUCAUUUGAUAUUGCAACCUUACAGGGGUAAUUCCUCCCCCAUUUCCUUUCAUUUUCUGGAGCAAGAGAGUGUGUAAUUAAUAUGGGCACUUCACAUAUUUUUACAUGAUAUGGGUAUUUUA